AUGAGUUCAACGGUUAUCGUGGGUUCUGGCAUCAUUGGCCUCUCGAUAGCUCAUUACCUGGCAGAUCAUCAGCCCGGCUCGACAAUCCAUCUUGUGGAAGCGUCGCCGGAGCUCUUCGCCUCGGCGUCUGGCUAUGCUGGCGGCUUCAUGGCGCGAGACUGGUUCUCGCCCUCAUCUGCAUCCCUCGGAGCGCUGAGUUUCGAUGAGCACAAGAAGCUCGCUGAGGAAAACAACGGAAGGGAAAGAUGGGGAUGGUCGACGAGCACGACAUAUAGCCACUCAGCCGCGCCUGCCAAGAAGGACAAAAACGGCGACAAAUGGCUGAGUGAAGGUGGCAGUCGAGCGGAAGUCGUCGAAGCCGUGGAGACGCCUGACGAUGGUCCUUCAUGGUUGCGUCGUGCGGCCGGUGACGAUGUCCAAGUCAUCGGAGACUCGGAAUCCACCGGCCAAGUGGAUCCCCUCCGUCUCUGCAACUUCCUGCUCGAAACCUGCAAGGCAGAGGGCGUACACCUCCACCACCCAGCUACAGUCCUCUCCGUGAACACCGACCUCCGCGGCGAGCUCUCCACGGUACGCAUAGGCGACACCACUUCCUCCACCGAGACAGACGUGCCCUGUACCCGUCUGGUGAUCGCGGCAGGCGCCUGGUCGCCCCGCGUCUUCUCCCAGCUCUUCCCUGGCGCGUCGCUCGAACUGCCCGUCUCCAGCCUGGCCGGUCAUUCACUUGUCGUCAAGCCCCCAGGCGACGAUCGGACGAAAACAGGCUGCCACGCCAUCUUCAGCACCGACGGCGCCGGCUUCUCCCCGGAACUGUUCUCCCGUGUAGGCGGGCACGUCUACAUCGCCGGCGUCAAUGCCCCGUCGCUCGCUCUCCCGGAGCUCCCAGGCCAGACGCCGGUAUCAGCAGCCGCAAUAAACCAGCUGAAGGAAACGGCCGAGCGAAUCGUUAACGUCCCGGAAGGCGAGCUCAAAGUCGUCCGCCAAGGUCUCUGCUUCCGUCCCGUCACAACCUCCGGAGCACCGAUCUUAACCCGCAUCCCGGACGGUCGUCUCGGGGGCGGGGUCUCGACGCGGUCCGGCGCCGACGGGGGCGUCUACGUUGCGGCCGGUCACGGGCCUUGGGGUAUUAGCUUGAGUCUUGGGACGGGCAAAGUGAUGGCGGAGAUGAUGCAGGGACGGAAGCUGAGUGCCGACAUAUCGCGGCUUGGACUUACGUGA